UUGCCUUUUCUUCUUUUAUGGAAUUUAUAAAUAAUAAUAAAAAUCUUUUCAUGGGUAGAUUUUAAUCAUAUUACACCAUUUUUAAAACAUCUAUUUUAUUAUUAAUAUAUUAUUACAUCAUUAAAUUAUAGAUAUUUUUAUUAAAUCAUCUUUUUAAAAUAGAUAUAAAUUUUUUAAAUCAGAUGCCAAGCAAUAAGAUAAAUUACAAGGUAAAAUGCUUGCAUACAGGCUGCAACUCUAAUAAGAUUAGAAAAGACAAAAUUAAUUUACAUUACAAAACAAGACAUCCUAAUAGUGAUGUAAAGUUUGAGGUAAUAGCAAUUAAAAAAGAUAAGGUUUGGAACAAACUUGGUCCAAAUGCAAAUAAUCUCAAAAUAACUAAUGGAAUCAAUACUCAAUUUAAAAAAAAUAAAUCAAUUGCAACAUAUUUUCAAAAGGAAAUUGACUCUCCAUUAGAUACUCUUAAGAUAAAUCUACCACAACCAUUACAUAAUAUUAUCACACUAAAUCAAGAUGAAGAAGUUUUUUUAAGUAUUUAUACUAUAAUUUAUUCAUUUGAUCUAAAGAAAACUUAUAAUAUGGAGACUGCAUUCAUUUUUAAGGACAAACAAUCUCAUUUAGAUGCUCCCUAUCCAGAAAUUAUUCCAUUCAUAGAUGAUGAAUCGAAAAUCGAAAAUAUGCCUAGAAGUUCUAAUUUAGACAACCCAGAAAAAAUAUCUGGAAAUUUAUCAACAAUUAAAGAAGUUUAUAAUUUAAAUAUUUUUUAAUAUUGUCUUUAUUAGAAAAUUUAUUAUUAAUAUCAAGUGAAAUUGAUAUAUAUGAUACAUUUAAAACAGAAGAUAUUAUUACAGAUUUCGCGUUAACUUCUAAAAGACUAUCUAAUCUUUUAAUUGGAUAAUCCUUUUUUUUAAAUAUUAAACAGCAAUAAAUUUAGACAUUUGGCAUUAUAAUUCCCUUUUUUCAAUAUUUGAAUAAAUUUGGAUUACUAAUCCCUUAUUAGUUAGUCAUUUUUAAUUAGUCUUUUUCUGCACAUAUAUUUAUAUUCCUUGUGUUAUAUCUUUAACAUUAAAAAAAAUUAUUAUGUAGCAAUUAUAAUAUCCAUUUUUUUUAAAUAUUAAAUAGCAAUAAAUUUAGACAUUUUGCAUUAUAAUUCCCUUUUUUAUUUGAAUAAAUUUGGAUUACUAGUAUUAGUUAGUUAUUUAUAAUUAGUCUUUUUCUGCACACAUAUUUAUAUUCCUUAUGUUAUAUAUAUUUUUAACAUUAAAAAAAUUAUAAAUAAAAUAAAAUUAA